AUGUCUCAGACUCCCAACGGCAACGAUGCAAACAAGAAACCGCAAGAAAACGAAGAAGAAGAAGAAGUAAAGAAAAGCUUCUCCGAAACUCCAUACGACGUCACCGAGCACAUCCUCGCCAUCACCCGAAGACGUCACUACCCGAACCUCUCUCUCGCCUCCAAAACCUUCAACAGCAUCCUCCUCUCUCCGGAACUCUACAAAAGACGCUCCAACCUCGGCGUCACCGAACCAAUCCUCUACGCCUCCAUCGGCUUCCCUCCUUCCGAACCCCCUAGCUGGUACAUUCUCCACCAAGACCACGUUUCUUUACGCCUACGCAAGAUCCCUUCACUCCCUUCCCGCCUUCUCAGCGCCGUCGUCACACUCGGACCAGAGAUGUACGUUCUCGGCGGAAGCGUCGGCGGGAACCCCACGUCGGACGUGAACCUCAUCGACUGCAGAUUCCACACGACUCGCUCUCUCCCAAACAUGAAAAGAACUCGAAGCCACGCCGUCGCCGGGGCCAUCGACGGGAAGGUGUACGUCAUCGGAGGUUGUGUGAAGAAGUCUGAUGAUUGGGUCGAGGCCUUUGAUGUGAAGACUCAGACGUGGCGUGACAUGCCUGGUGCGUUGCCUAGUGCUCAUUGGGAAGGAAAGUUCGUGACGAGUGCUGUGAUGGACGGAAAGAUGUUCGUUUUGGACCCGAGUUCGGCUUGUUUGGUUUUCGAUCCCAGAGUAGGUGUUUUGGUUUGCUGGAACGAUGGAGGUGAGCUUAUGAAACUGUGGCAAGCGUCGUCGUGUGUGGUUGAUGAUAAGUUGUAUACUAUUGAUCUUGGGCGGUCUCUUAUGUGGCCGAUAGUUGUGUAUGAUCCAAAGGCGGAGGAGAAGAGGUGGAGACCGGUGCGUGGUGUGGAAUUGAGGAGAGAUUUGCUUCCUUUUAGCUCUUAUUAUGACUCUAAAAUGGCGAAUCUUGGUGGGAAGUUGUUGAUUCUGGUCGGUAGUGCCGCCUGGCCUGUUUUUCAUUGCGGGGAUGAACAGGUUUUGUGCGUGGUGAUCGGUUUGGAAAGACACGGAGAUGAGAUUUAUGGGCAUGUUGAGUCAACUAAGCUGGUGCUGGAAUCCGAGAAGUGGCCUUCCAUUGAGCUUUCUCGAACUGUUACUCUUUGA